CUCAAACAAGAGUCUCCAAAACACACCCCAUCAAAUCGGCAAAUCGCCAUGGCCACGGCGUCGGGGCGCACGCACCAGCAGUACGAACCCCUGCGGCACAUGGAAGGACUCAGCCUCAAGUCCGCGCUCCGCAACAACCCGCGCGCGUCCGCUCUUGCCGCGGCCGCGCUCCUCGUGCCGCUCGGCGGCGCGCUGCUGACGCUCUCUGGCCUCGUCCUGCUAGCGACGCUCGCGGGCGUCGUGCUCGCGUCGCCGCUGCUCGUGCUCUUCAGCCCCGUGCUCGUGCCCGCGGCGCUCGGCGCGGCGCUCGCCGUGGCAGGUCUCGCCACCGCCGGCACGCUCGCGGUCGCGGGGCUCUCGACACUCGCGUGGAUCAUCGGGUACGUCCAGAGAUGCGGUGCGCAGGGCGGCGACACCGGCGGGGUGGCCGGGAUGGUGGUGCAGCCGCUGGACAGCAGCGGGAAGCAGCGGCACGGAACAGAGGAGCCGGCGUUCGUCGGGCACAGACUCCGGGCCCCGGGGGCCGCUUUGGGCAACGACGCGCUGGGCGUCAAGGCUUGAAUUUGAAUGUACACGCGCGUGUACGUGUGUGGCGUCUGGUCACAUGCAUGGCGCUCGCAAGAUGUAUGCAUGCUUUCUCUUUAAUUGAAAACCAGUAUGCAUGCUUUUACGGUUUGGUGUACAAAGCAGCCGUUUACCUUUACAUGUAAGACAGGUGUUGAGAACG